UUUGAAAUUCUUGGUACCAGGAGCUUUGUUGUUCAGAAUUCACGAGAUAGGCCUCCAUUGAUUUCUAGGGUUUAGUCUGUCUGUGCGUUUGUCUGGUUUUGCCUGAUUACUCCGUCGAUGGGGGAGCGGGAAAUGGAAGAAAUGCCUCUACCCGCCUUAUUCGAACAGGGGUGUAAGGUACAUAACAUGGCGUCUGAGUCCGGUGUUGAUCAGGGCACGCUAAGAAAGGGGUGCGAAGCUUUGCAACAUUGUGAAGAAAUGAUGAGCAAGCUAGAUCUGUUCUCCGCCAACGAGACUAAAGACGAUAUCAGCACGACAAAUCUGAAAUAUUUGCUGGUGCCAUUCUAUCUAGUGGAGUUGAGAGAAAAGGUUGCAGGGGAGGACAGGAUUCAGGUGCUUAAAAUUUCCCAGGCAAAAUUGAAGGUGAACGUCAAACCAUCUCUGGAGGACCAUUAA